AUGGGUAAAAGAGAGAUAUCUAAACAUUCCAGAGCUGCUCGUAGAGCUCAGGUAGAAGAUUCUGAAGUGGCAGAACUAUCGAAGCUUCCAAGAAGUUCUGGUAAGGCAGAUAUUGCUAAUUUCAUCGUGAGAACUGCCAAUAAAAACGAAGAGCUUCUCCAAAAAAAACUUGAGAAGAAAGAAGCUCGCAAGAAGGAUACAUCGAAAACCAGAAAGCUAGGAGAAGGUGGUAUCAUGAAAUCCAAUAAUGUCAAAGUCAAAAGGGCCAUUUCUUUUGGCGGGAAAUUGAGUGCCAAAAUUGAAAAAAGUAUAAACAAGGGACUCAAUAUUCAAAGAAGAAAGAUGACCUGGGAUCAACUUGAUGAGGAAAUGAGAAAAGAGUCAAAACCUCAAAAAUCCACAAAGACUAGCCUGAAGCCAGACCAAGAAAUAGAGACCUAUUCUGAUAUCGAGAGUGACGAGGAAACAAAGCCUGAAAAAGCGCCUGUCAAUUCAUUUGCCCUAUUACCAGAGGAAACUGAGGCGUAA